AUGAGGCAAAAUAAUUUAAGGUGGCUUGACAUGAAUGUCAUAUGUAAGAAAUUUAAAUUUUCAUCAUUCAGUCGCAUGGAUUUAUCUCAGAAUGGUAUGCAGUUUUUACAUCCAAACUUAUUGUCAUGCUCUCCAAAUCUGCAAAAAUUAGACGCGUCAAGCAAUCAGUUAGUGAAAAUGUCCAAAGAGAACAUAGGGUUGUUUGAAACUUUAUUUUCUGGUCUCAGAUAUUUAAAAAAAGUUAACAUGUCAAAGAAUAGUUUAAAUAAACUUCCUAAGAAAAUAUUCGAGAAUAAUAGGAAUAUCGAAAUUAUCGAUUUAUCGGGUAACUUAUUAGAUCAAGUUUACAUCACUUUGGUUGAAUUGUCGAGAUUAACCGUGUUAAAUCUGCAUGGAAACAAAAUUCAUGUCUUAGACCAAAUAUCUAUUCAUAACUUGAAUAGCAUUUCACACGGUAAUGCUACUGACAUUGGGAAAAACAUUGUUAUUUUAAAAAAAAAAUCCCAUUUCGUGUUCAGAAUGCAAAGAACUAUCAUUUCUCGUUUGGCUGACGUCAACAAUCUUGUUGAUUUUGAUUCACAGCAACUGGUUUGUUACAAUGAAAAGGAUGAAACAGAAAUAAUAACACAAGAGACUGUCAAGAAAGUCAAGUUGAUUUGUCGAAUGCAGGUUAUUAUUAUUGCAACAAGCAUUUUGGCGGGAUGUAUUUCACUUAUUCUAAUAAUUGCACUUCUGAUAUUUUAUAUCCGAAGAAAGCAUAGAAAAAGGUUACAAAAUAGAGCAAAUGUAAUUAAUUUGUUACGCCAGGGCAAUGGUUACUAUGAAUUUGCGGUUUUUCUUGCCUUCAGCAAUGAAGAUGAGGACUUUGUCAAUACGCAUAUUCUACAUCAGUUGAAUGAAAAUCUUCAGUUGAUGACAGGAGUUGAUAGAGAACUAGUUUGUACAGGUGACCGACAUUUUCGACCUGGUUUCUAUGUUCUAAAUGAGACGUGGAGACUCUUGGCGACAGCGUCUGUUUUAAUUGUAGUAGCUUCGGAAAACUUUUGUCAAAGUGUUUAUUGUAGAGGUGAGCUUGAGCAUGCGCUCAUGGAAGGGAAACCAAUCAUUUUGAUGUUUAUUGAACAAGUGGAACAAGAACUGAUGCCACCAACUAUGAGAGAGCCGUUAUCUAUUGAUGACAAAUUUAUGGAGGUCCUUCAGUCAAAGAAAAUUAAGUAUGUGGAUGUGAGUAAAACUGAUCUAAAAGGAAUAAAUUUGACUGCCGUAUUCAAACGAUUAGCCUACUUGGAGGUCGUGGACGCAUCGUACUGUAAUAUUGGUUUCUUCAAACACAUGUAUUUAGAGCAAGGCGACCUGAAACGCAUAAAAUUUGUUGAUUUGAGCUUCGCGAAUCUUCCGAAGAAAGUAUUUCAUCUUCCACCAGGUAGACUUAAGGUGGAGAAUAUAAAUACUAGUUUAUCUAGUCUUCCUCAUGUUGAAGACUUCAAACUACUUUUAACUCCUGAAAUUAUAAAUGUGAGCGGAAUCAUUCCACAUGUUUCGUCAAUUUGGAUAAAAAGCGUCAAUUUUACCGUAGAUUUAAAUCCUUUGACAUUCACAAAAGAAUUAAUAAUGAGGCAAAAUAAUUUAAGGUGGCUUGACAUGAAUGUCAUAUGUAAGAAUUUUAAAUUUUCAUCAUUCAGUCGCAUGGAUUUAUCUGAAAAUGGUAUGCAGUUUUUACAUCCAAACUUAUUGUCAUGCUUUCCAAAUCUGCAGAAAUUAGACUUGUCAAGCAAUCAGUUAGUGAAAAUGUCCCAGGAGAACAUAGGGCUGUUUGAAUCAUUAUGUUCAGGUCUCAGAUAUUUAAAAAACAUUAACAUGUCAAGAAAUAGUUUAAAUAAACUUCCGAUGAAAAUAUUCGAGAAUAAUAGGAAUAUUGAAAUUAUCGAUUUAUCGGGUAACUUAUUAGAUCAAGUUCACAUUACUUUGGCUAAAUUGUCGAGACUAUCCGUGUUAAAUCUAUAUGGAAACAAAAUUCAUGUCUUAGACCAAAUGUCUAUUCAUAACUUGAAUAGCAUUUCAAACGGUAUUGCUACUGACAUUGGGAAAAACAUUGUUAUUUUAAAAGCAAAUCCCAUUUCGUGUUCAGAAUGCAAAGAACUAUCAUUUCUCGUUUGGCUGACAUCAACGAAUCUUGUUGAUCUUGAUUCACAGCAACUGAUUUGUUACAAUGAUAAGGAUGAAGAAGAAAUAAUAACGCAAGAGACUGUCAAGAAAGUCAAGAUGAUUUGUCGAAGGAAGGUUAUUAUUACUGCAACAAGCAUUUUGGCGGGAUGUAUUUCACUUAUUCUAAUAAUUUCACUUCUGAUAUUUUAUAUCCGAAGAAAGCAUAGAAAAAGGUUACAAAAUAGAGCAAAUGUUAUUAAUUUGUUACGCCAGGGCAAUGGUUACUAUGAAUUUGCGGUUUUUCUUGCCUUCAGCAAUGAAGAUGAGGACUUUGUCAAUACGCAUAUUCUACAUCAGUUGAAUGAAAAUCUUCAGUUGAUGACAGGAGUUGAUAGAGAACUAGUUUGUACAGGUGACCGACAUUUUCGACCUGGUUUCUAUGUUCAAAAUGAAACGUGCAGGCGCUUGGCGACAGCGUCUGUUUUAAUUGUAGUAGCUACGGAAAACUUUUGUCAAAGUGUUUAUUGUAGAGGUGAGCUUGAGCAAGCAUUCAUGGAAGGGAAACCAAUCAUUUUGAUGUUUAUUGAACAAGUGGAACAAGAACUGAUGACACCAACUAUGAGAGAGGUAUAACAAAGGAAUGUAAGGAUUGUGUGGACAUUUGAAAGCGGUGAAUACAAAAUGAAAACAA